UGACUUUAUCUCGAGUUUUUUAUCGUUGAGAGACAAUAAAUUGAACAGUUGUGUGCAUUCACCGAACAUAACAACUCUAACGUUGACGUUAUAUAUUAACACGUUAUAGUCAGUAAAUAUUUAAAAAAAAAUGGGCGCUAUUACGUAUUCAGCCUUUUUCUUUUGCGUUUUGUUCGUGGCUGUCAGCACCUAUGACUUGCAAGCUGGUUCUAGUAUCAAUGGGACAUUGGUAUAUGUAGAAUCAGUGAAUUUAUCAAGUAUACCACUCAAGGUUCGAACGAAGAAUGUCUUCUACAACGACAAUAGUACCAUACCGAGAGCUAUAAAGGGUAUAUCAGCCAUAGAUAUGAAAAGAAGCAAGGCCAAAGCUACCAUUACAUCUGGUGGAGUCGGUUCUACCUUCGUUAAUAUCAAAUUGAAGAGCAGCAGAGGAGACGGACUUACCUAUCAAGUACAAGUAUUUGCGUAAACAAUAUUGAUUGGUAGAUAUCUCGGAGUGUACAGAAACGUACAAUAUUCAAAUAAAAAUAUUUUUUAUUGAAAUUGAUUAGAUACGAAAGUAUUUGUCAUUGAUAAAUGAAUAAAUAUUAAUCAUUUGCGUAUAA